CGGGUUUUCUUACAGCUGCGGCCGGGAGCCCGUGGGCGAAGCGGCUUUCACCUGAGAUGCGCUCUGGGCCCUGCCUGCGAGCCCUGGGGAUUUCCGCGCAGGGAGCUCCCCCACAGUUCUCCUGGGGUCCCCGGGCUCAGACCGGUCGCAGCUGUGUCCCCAGGGAGGAGGGGGGCCCCUGGCAGCCAAGCACGACGGACCUCCCCGAAGCGCCUGCCACCAUCCAGGGGAUUUCUUGCUCUGCAGCGGGUAAUUCCUGCCCCGUCCCCGCGGUGACUCAGCCGUGACGUGGAGCCACAGGCGGCGAGAGGACCGGGCGCCAGACCCCGCGCAGCACACAGGCGCCUCGCGACUCGGCCCACGCUGCCCCGGCUGCUGUCCCCGCGGCCCCAGGAUGGCCUCCGGCUCGGCCAGCAGCCCCCGCCCGGCGCCCGACGAGAACGAGUUUCCCUUUGGGUGCCCCCCCGUCGCCUGCCAGGAGCCGGCAGAGCCCAGGGCCCUCCGCUGUGCCGCUUGUCUCCCCGAGAACGUGAGGAGCAGCGAGGACCAGAUCUGCCCAAAGUGCCAGGGGGACGACCCGCAGUCUGGAAGCCCGGGCAGCCCGCUGUCGCAGGAGAAGGAUCCGCCUGAGGUGGCUGAGGCUGAGGUCGGCUGCCCGUUUGCUGGAGUGGGCUGCCCCUACAAGGGCAGCCCCAGGCUGAUGCAGGAGCACGAGGUCGCCUCGCAGACCACCCACCUCAACCUGCUGCUGGGGUGCGUGACGCCGUGGAUGGCCCCACGUGGCCCCGGGGGCGCGGCCCUGACCCUGGAGCGGAACCUGUCGGAUCUGCAGCUGCAGGCGGCCGUGGAGGUGGCUGGGGACCUGGAGUUGGACUGCUACCGGGCGCCCCGCUCCGACAGCCAGGACGAGCACACCCUGCAGCGCCUCACAAAGGAGAAGCCCCUGGCUGAGCUGCAGGAGAAGCUGCGCGUGUUCGAGAACAUCGUGGCCGUCCUCAACAAGGAGGUGGAGGCCUCCCACCUGGCCCUGGCCGCCUCCAUCCACCAGAGCCAGCUGGACCGCGAGCACAUCCUGAGCCUGGAACAGCAGGUGGCGGAGCUGCAGCAGACGCUGGCACAGAAAGACCAGGCCCUGGGCAAGCUGGAGCAGAGCCUGCGCCUCACGGAAGAGGCCUCCUUCGACGGCACGUUCCUGUGGAAGAUCACCAACGUCACCAGGCGCUGCCACGAGUCUGCCUGCGGCAGGACCGUCAGCCUCUUCUCACCAGCUUUCUACACGGCCAAGUACGGCUACAAGCUGUGCCUGCGGCUCUACCUGAAUGGGGACGGGACCGGGAAGAGGACCCACCUGUCGCUCUUCAUUGUGAUCAUGAGAGGGGAGUACGACGCUCUGCUGCCCUGGCCUUUUCGGAACAAGGUCACCUUCAUGCUGCUCGACCAGAACAACCGCGAGCACGCCAUCGACGCCUUCCGGCCCGACCUGAGCUCCGCGUCCUUCCAGCGGCCGCAGAGCGAGACCAACGUGGCCAGCGGCUGCCCGCUCUUCUUCCCCCUCAGCCGGCUGCAGUCGCCCAAGCACGCCUACGUGAAGGACGACACCAUGUUCCUCAAGUGCAUCGUGGAGACAAACGCGUAGGGCGCAGGCGGGGCCCUGCCCAGGACCCCAGGGCACCGCAGCGGGCCGGACGGCAAGACGUGAGCGGGCUGGCCCCGGAGGCCCGGGCGGGUGGGCGCCGGGGGGCGCCUCUCACUGAGCCUGCCGCACCGCCCGCGAGCCCUGCAGCCUGGAGGAACGGGAGCCCCUGAGCACAGCUUCCUUCCAAACACGCGUAAAACCAGAGACAGCGACUGUGCGUUCCUGAGGGCGCCCGAGGAGUCGGCCAGGCCGCCGCAGUGGGAGGGCCCUGGGUGCAGCUGCUGACACCUCCCGGCGCUGCCGGCCCUGCGGGGAGACCCGGCCUGCCUCCGGCUGCGGCCCGCACCUGUCCUCCCACCUGGGAGGCCGCGGCCGAUUCCGCAGGGCCCUCCCCGACCCGCCGUGCUCGGCUCCUGGGGCCGCCCAGGCUCCAGCUGCGGCGACGCUCCUCUGCCCACCCACCGUCAUGCCCAUCGCUGCUGGCUCGCAAGCCCGCGAGGGGCUGCUCCUCACACCCCCGGGGCCCCGUCCGUAAAACGAUCACGGUCCUGCCCGCCCUCCCUGGCACGGCGUGUCACAGGCGCCACGUGCCCACGGGUGGCGGACAGGGCCUUGCUCCCCGCCCGCUCUCGGUGGGGACAGGCCUCGCGCUGGGGAGACAAGCAGCCGCCGGGCCGCUGAGCGCGGGGGUGCCGGGCGCACCCCUCGCCCCCCAGCCGGCCAGCCCCACCCCCAGGCCCCUGCCCCCAAGACGCGGCUUUUAUUUUCAGCCGCUGAGCCCCCUGCCUCAGCACGGCUGGCUCUCAGGCCUGCGGGUGGGGGCCGCCGCGACUGCCGCGUCCCCGUGCUCGGGGGCUCAGGGCUGGGGGGCCCGAACCUGGGAAGCAAGCCGCUCGCCCCGGGCGAGCCAGGGCUCUGGGCCGCACGUCUCGUAGGACGAGGCCCAAGCUGAGAGGUCUGUCGGGCGAGGAGGGGGCCGCCGGGGGCCUUCCUCCCCAGGCCUGACCCUGCCCACCCCGGGGGGCGCCCGCCCGGCUCGGCAGCCUUUCUCCGGGGGCAUCUGAUAGCUGUAAGCAGGAGACAAGCAGUUUGGAAGGAGGUGGGUGGGCCGUGAAGCGGGGCCUCGGGCUGUGCGGCCAACGGGGUUGGGGCAGUAGGAGAAUCCACACAAACGCGAGGGCACGAGCGCAUGGAACCGGACAGCCUUGAGGUUCAGAACCCGAGCUCGGGCCCAGGGCCACCUGGCCCCGUCCCUGCCCCACCCCCACACGCUCCAGCUGGGCCUUCUCUGCGUCUCCACGGCUCGAAGCGCUGGGAGGACCCCUGAGGUCACGAGGAUCGUGCCCAGGACAGCGGCCACGCGGGUGCACCUGUCACGGUGCAAGUGCCCGGUGGAUGCUGUUCACGUAGGGCUCCGCUCCGCGUGCAUCAAGCACCCUGCUAACCCCUUACGCCAUUCCCCUCAUUGACUCACAACAAGCUCACAAGCUCCCCCGCUGUCACAGUCGCCAGUACAUUUAGGGAAACUGAGGCAGAGGCAGGUAGGGUCCCUCGUCCCGGUGAUGCAACUUGUAAGGGACAGAGCCAGGAAUGUUUUGGUAACAGCUUUACUAAGAUAUAAUUCAGGGGCACCUGGUGGCUCAGUCAGUUAAGCAUCUGACUUUUUAAAAACAUUUUAUUUAUUUAUUCAUGAGCGACACAGGCAGAGACACAGGCAGAGGGAGAAGCAGGCUCCAUGCAGGGACCUGAUGCGGGACUCGAUCCCGGGACCCCAGGGUCACAGCCUGAGCCAAAGGCAGACGCUCCACUACUGACUCCAUCCCAAAAUAAAAUCUUUAAAAAAUUACUCUUAUUUUAAAACAUGUUUUCUUUUAUUCUUCCAGAUACAAUAAACGUGAUUAAACAUUUUGAAGAUUUCUUGUUGGAAUCUCAUUACACUUGCAACGUAACUUGAGAAAAGUUGACGUUUUCCCACCCAAGACCUUCAUGCGAAGGGAUCAUCCUAAGGGAUCACCAGGAGAGGGCCUGGCCGGUCAGGGCCAGGGAAGGAGAGGGAAAGCUUGGGGAGAAUCAGGAGAAACUUCCAGGAAAGGGGCGUUCCGAUCUAGGGCUGGGGAGCUGAGUGAUGGAAGGGGCAGGACGGGGUCUUCGGCACCAGGGCAUGCUGGAAAGAGUGCUGGGGGCGAGGCGGGGUGAGGAGGCCACCUGCGACCGGGGGCCUGGGCGUGGGGAGAGACACCUGGGCACAGAGGCGAGGAACUAGAGGGCUUCCCGGAACUCACUUCUACCCUCUUCCCCAGCGGGUGCAUUUGGCCUCAUCGUCAGGCCUGAGCAGAGCGAGAGGAUGCCCGUGGGUGCCGCACCUUAUUAACAAGGUCCUUAAACAACCACAUCACAGACCAGGGCGCGCUGAUUAGGGGCGGUCACAGCUGCCGCGUACUAGGUGCCUGUUGUACCAGGCGCUUCACGCGCAUCAUCGCAUUCCGUCCUGCAGCAAUGCUGAGGCGAGUGCUGCGCUGAUCCCAUUUUACAGGUGGGGAAAUGGAGGCCGAGAGAGGUUGAAUAGUCGGGCGAAGGUCCCGGCGGCUAGGAAAUGGCAGGCCUGUGGUCUCCCCAUCUCUAAACCCCAUCAUCCUGCCCUCGCUUCCUGAACACCUGCUCUGUGCAGGGCUCUGGGCUCUGGGUGGGCCUGCGAGAUGAGUCAUUCAAGUAGUCACUUCUUCAACAAGCCUUUUUUUUUUUUUUUUUUUGAGCUCUUACCGGCACAUGGGCUUAUUUAUAGCAUGCCAUGCCUCAUUCCAGAAAACAGAGACUGAAGGGUAGGGGUGUGGUCGUGUGACGAGGGACAACAGGAAAGCCCAAGUUGGGAAGGUCAGAAGAAGCCAGGACUGACACAGGCGCGCCAGGCGCAGGCCUUGAGGUCCUGCACGUUACCCAGACAGUUGUCCCGUGAGCUUCCAGCCGCCCAACCCAUCCCACGUGGCAGCAGGUGCAUGGAGCCGUCGCGGAGGAGCGCCAGGGAGGCGAGGAGCGCCGUCCCAGCAGCGCACUUUGGGGUGCUCCCCGGAUGCCCUUGGCGCUGGCCCAGGCCCCACAGCGUCCGCCGAGGGGACAGGGUGACUGUGCAGGGCGGGCGUGCCUCCCUGACUUGACGUGUCCACAGCGUCCCUGGGAAAGUCAUGGCCAGGUGGCCGCCUGCCAGCUAAAUGCAGCCCCCGGGCGAGCUCGGUUUGGCCUGAGAAGCGUAUUUACGUUGAGUCACAAGAGGGCACGUGCACCCCCAUGUGUGCAGGAGCCAAAUUAUGGAAACUGCCCGCACCCACCGGCUGGUGAAUGGACGAGGAAGCAGCGGGGUGCGUGUGCGUGUGCGCGUGUCCACAUGCUGGAGUGUGGCUCAGCAUCAAAAAGAAUGAAAUCUUGCCACGGGCAGGGCCGCGGAUGGAGCCAGUGAGGGAAGGCUCGUGCCCCACGCAGACACCCCCACAUGGGACCUAAGAAACCAAACAAGCAAAGGGAGAAAAGUCAAGAAACAGACCCGAACUCUGGGGAACAAGCUGACCACGGGGGUGGGGGGGGCCAGCGAUGGGGAUUCAGGAGGGCACGUGCUGCGAUGAGCACGGGGUGGUGUCUGAAGGGCUCGGUGACCGUCCUGUACCCUGAAACCAAUGUAACACGAGGUUGUUAACUGGAAUUUAAGUAAAAACUUUAAAAAUGUUGAUGGAAUUAGUCGUUUAAAUAGAUUUCACCAUAAAAAAUACAAUUUCUUUUUAUUAAAAGGGUCAGGAUUAGGGAUCCCUGGGUGGCUCAGCGGUUUAGCACCUGCCUUUGGCCCAGGGCGUGACCCUGGGGUCCCGGGAUCGAGUCCCGCGUCCUCCACCUGGGUCUCCGCCUCUCUCUCUCUGGGUCUCUCAUGAGUAAAUAAAUAAAAUCUAAAAACAAAACAAAAACUUAAAAAAAAUAAAACAAAAACGUCAAGGGUUGCGUACACGCCAUGGGAAGACGCGCCACCUGUGGGGUGAACGUCAUGUGGGAGCCCAUGGCCCGCGGCACGCCCACGGCCGCGCCUUCGCCCUGCAAGCUGAGGGCCGCGUCAGGCACUGGGUAAGCACCACUCGGUGGCCUGUCACCCGCUGUGUCGCCAGCUCGGCUGGGCCGUCACGGGGCGAGGCUGCAACCAGGCGCCAGGAUGCAAGGACACAAGGACACCGGGGCAGGAGGCCCCCCGCUGGCACUUCACAGGCACCUCUCUGAGCCACGGCUCCCCGUCCUCGGCCCAUUUCUCACCGGAGGACAUCGGGUCCUGGAGGCGCGGCAACGAGCCCAGCAUCACGGCGCCGGCCGGUGUAGACCUGACCCCAGGCUAUCCUAGUUCAUGCAUCGCGACUGUCCUCAUCACCUCCCUGCCUCUAGGGAACACGAUCGACCCACCGCGGGUUAAGGAGGACAGUCCUCCACUUAGC